UUGGUUUGAAAUAUAAUUUUGUUGAAAACAGGAGAUAAUAACAAAUGACUACUCCUUAUCAAAACUUCAUUUUGUAUGUUAUAAUAAUUGUGUUACUGGGCGACGACUUUGCAAAUGCCGGUUAUAGUUAUACAGCAGGAACACAUUGUGUCAACUCUUCAGGUCCAGGAAAUUCGGAUAACCAAUCAAAAUGCAUUUCCUGUUUUUUCCCACAAAACUGUCUCCAAAACAAUACAUGUCUGGAAGGAACAGGGGGGAGAACAUGCGAAAAAUGUUUAGACAAUUACAGACUUGGAAACACCUGUAUCCCAUGUGAAGGUCUGCCAAUUACCACCAUCACUUUUGGAAUUUACCUUUUACUCUUCAUGAUGGCCAUCAUAACAAAUGGUUUCACUAACUCGCUCUGCACAAAAUUGAAAGUAGUCUGCCAUUUUUUCCAGAUGGUCUAUCUGACAUUUCUCAUCAAGAUCCAGUGGCCAGUGCUUAUUCAGAAAGUUGUAAUUGGCCUGGCAUUCGUUACUUUCAAUUCCAAUGUUAUCCCAAUCAAAUGCCUGAUACCCUCUAUUUCCUCCUUGCACAUACAUUACCUGGAGUGGGGCAGCUCCUUCCUGAUAGUGGUCAUAACUGUCCUCAUUACUGUCCUGGUGGACCGCAGUCUGCGAUCAGUAAUCAGAACAGAGACAGAUGUUGACCAGAAUCAGAAGAAAUGGGGUCGCCGUCUGAUCUUCCUGCGGCUGGUGUUCUUUGUGAUGGUCAUGAUGUACGUACCCGUCGCUCUCUCCGUGGUCCACAGUUCCCUUUGCUCCGGGGUGAUUCCUGCAAAAGUAACCCUUAAUACUGAUGAAAAAGACAAUGUAUUUUUCUACCUGCAAGAUGAAUCAUGCACCCAUGUGAUUUUCCAGAACCUACAGUUUUUCGGGACCCUGUUUCUGUUGUUCUUUGUCCUCCUGAUUCCCUCUCUCACCGUCUUUGUGUCGCUUAGACAGAGGCGAUGGCGGCUGCUGUCAACCAUCAGUCAACAAUACAGACCACUGUACGAGUCUUAUCGAUCACGCUGUUGCUUUUGGGAGGCACUGCCCAUGUUAAGGAAGCUACUAAAUAUUGCAGUCACAGACAUCUAUCCAUUUAGUGUAUUUGUCCAGUGCCUGAUUCUGUUGUCAGCUACUGGUCUAUAUUUCUUACUUCUCAUUCUACUGAGACCAUACAAAGCUGUCACUUGGGGGAGCCGAAAAACAGAGAUUCAUACAUUUUUUGAGAUUCAGUCCACCUUGACCGUUGGCCUGAUGCAGGCACUGCCUCUCCUCCUGACCCUGGGAGUAAGCAGCCCCACCCUGGAGUACCUGGUCCUGGGUUGUAUUGGGUUGACCACGGUUAUUGGCUUGGUCAUGAUCUUGAUGACUCCUAUGGAGAAAGAUGAGGGAAUGCAGGUCAGAAUGUUGAUAGAGAAAAUGACAUCUACGAAAUCGUACCUUCGGAGGUCCCGAACCAUUGCAGAAGUGGACUAUGGCCCUUCAGGAGCACAGGAAAAAGAGAACUCGCCAGAGACUUUCAACCCAACCUCAUCAAACUCCUGCCAGGCCCUGAAACAUGCAGUGUCAGCCCUAACAAGACUUGAUGAUUUCAUCUUGGAAAAGGUUGGGCAGGGAUUCUUUGCAGAAGUGUUCAAGGUCACCCACAAAGCCACGGGUCAGGUGAUGGCACUGAAGAUGAAUAUCAACUCCAGUAAUCGCUACAGCAUGCUGCAGGAGAUCCAGCUUAUGAACCGCCUAUCUCACCCCAACAUCUUAAGGUUUUUGGGAGUGUGUGUCCAUGAGGGACAGCUGCAUGCCUUGACUGAGUUUAUGAAUGGCGGAAGCUUGGACCGCUUCAUUGAUGACAGGACCGUGGAGAUGCCGUGGACUCUGAGGCUGAGUCUGUCGUCUGACAUCGCCCAGGGAAUGAAGUACCUGCACAGUAGGGGAAUCUUCCAUCGGGAUCUUACGUCAAGGAAUAUUCUGCUGCGGGUCGAGGGCGACGUGUACAUAGCCGUGGUGUCAGACUUCGGACUGGCAGCAAAGGUCCCUGAUCCUCUAGACAAGAGCACGAAGUUGCCCAUUGUUGGAUCUCCUUAUUGGAUGGCUCCAGAAACACUGAAUGGUCUUUGGUAUGGACCUCAGGCUGAUGUUUUUUCGUUUGGGAUCAUCAUGUGCGAGAUAACAGCCAGAAUAGAUGCAGAUCCUGACAUCAUGCCAAGAACUGUGAGAUUUGGUGUGGAUUAUAUUGCAUUUUGUGAGAAGGUGGAGUACUGUCCCUUGGAUUUCUUACGACUAGCUUUCACAUGUUGUCAGAUUGAGCCUACAAAGAGACCUACCUUUUCUGAUAUUGUAACUUCACUUGAGAAAAUUUGCAAUCUGCUGAAAGAGGAUUCUGAUGAUCAAAUAAAAAGGAAAAGAAAAGAUUCUGGUCGCCAUGGUCACAAGAGAUCCCUAUCUGCUGACAACAUCCUUUCAAGUCCCUCUGAGGAUGUUCCACCCAUGACCCCCCAGGUAGUGGGAGAGGUGAUGAGUAAGGAUGACCCGUUUUAUGCCCCAGUGGGAGCCAACCCAUUUGCUGAAUACAAAACAUAUGGUGGCAAGAUUCUGGGAUAUUCAGGAAACGGAAGUUCUUUCGGUUUCGAACUCCCCUCUCCGUCUUUUCCACACACCCCUCCCUGUACCCCGAUCAUGACUCCAGACGGAACUUUGGUGAGGAAGAAACAUCACAAAAUCAAGCAGACGCAGUCACUCCCAUCAUCCCCUGUGUUGUUACGUAAGGCAGCUGAGAAAUUUCACCAGGAGUCCCUGCACGGGUCAACAAACUGUCGGCGGAACUCCUCUGUGAACAGUAAGAGAUACUCCUUACAUUUCCCUAAAUCAAAGAGUGCGACAGUGCUGCCGGAGUCUCUUGCUCAUAGAUUACAGUGUGAACUCAAUAUGGAGGACUCUGAGAAAUCCACGAGUAAUAAGGGGCAGCGAGGGAGGAAGUAUUACCGGCAGCUUAGUGCCGAUACUCAGCGUCUAGGUUUUGAUCUGGGGAACGACAGUGACAGUGUGACGGACAGUACUUUUCAGAACGGCGGAAAUAGUGAAAGUGUUUUAUUUCAAAACAGCGUGAGGGACUAUCGAGUGGCCAGAAGCUCCACGGACUCGUUCACCUCCAUAGAAGAACAGGUGGCGGAUCUAAGAAAUCCCAGCAUGACAUUCAUCACGGAAAACCUUGCGGAAGAUUCCAACACAACUUACAGUUCUGAUGGUGCAAUAAUAGAGACACAUUUAUAAUUUGGGUUUUUUGGGGGGUUUUUUCUUUCUUUUGUUGCUGGUUUCUUUAUUAAUGAUUUUUUUUGUUGGUGAGUGCUACUUAAGUUUAUGUAUUGAAUGAACAGUUCAUAUUUCACACCUCUCUCACAAUAUUAAAGUGCCAUUUCUUCGUGGCUUAACUUAUGACAGCAGAUAUUUUCAUUAUUUUUACAUUAUGCAUCUUAUCAUCAUCAUUUGGUAUCAUUUUCAAUCUGUGAUAUAUUUAAAAAAUAAUUGAUCAAUUUUUUUUUUUUUUAUCUCGUAUUUUAAUGUAUGUAGGAUAAAAAAAAACAAAAUUUUGUUAUAUUAUGUUAUUUUUGCAAUAACAUGUUAUCCAUACGGUGUUUCUUGUUAGUAGAAACUAAUAAAUAUAUGCAGUAUAAAGGUAAUGUUAUGAAGAAAAAUUAUUUUGCUAGCCUUGUUUUACCGAUAUUUGAAAAUACAAUGCAACAAAUCUGUUACGAUGACUUUACUACUGUCUCAUGUGUGAAGUCUCUAUCUAUCCAAUUUCUAUGCAUAGAAAAGUUGGUACAUGUAUUAGAUUAAAAAAUUGUUAAUUAAGUUUUCAUUUGCUCCUAUUUAGAGGACAAGACAUGUAAUUUUGUUAGAAAAAGUGCUGCUUCAAAAAAUUGUUCAGUACCAUUUUAAAUAAUUGUAUAUUUUUCUAUAGAGAGGUAUCUUGUUAUCGACACCAUGUGUAUAUUAAUUAAGUAUUGUUAUAGAUUAUCUAUUAAUGAGCAGACUUGAUUGUAUAUCACACAAUAUAGGGAAACUUCUUUCUUGAUUUAUCUCCUCAACCCAAAAACACUAGCUAACACUUACCCCCUCCUUCAACCUUACCCUCACCCUUACCACUCAUCUUUAUUGACUUAACUAAUAUUUUUAUUUAGUUGAACACCCCCCAUUCUUAUAUACUGUGUAUGUUUGUAUCUGUGUUUAAGUCUCCGUUUAGCUACCUCCUGAAAGUGAUGUCUUCCUUAAUUGGGAAAGACAGAAAGUCAAACAAGCCUGUUCAUUUUUUUGUCAGAAAUCAACUUUCUUACAAUUAUGACAAUAUGCUUGUAAAGUUUGUGUUAAAAUUCAAUGUGCUGGUUUUUAUGGCAUCAUGCAUGUUAAGGAUUUUUUUUUCAUCUAUGAUGAUUUAGAUAAUUUGUGUAGGAAUUUUAAUCAUUUGUUUUACUUGUUAAUUAAAAAAAAAAUAACUGUUUAUCAAAUUUCUUUGAAAUCCUAUGACAAGAAGUACCGGUAUGUUGUCUAGACCAACAUGAAAAGUUGUCUAGAAACUUUGUCAUGAUGAUUUCUUAUCUGUAAGUCUAUAUAUUACAAACAGAAAUCUACAACUCUUCUCUAUUGAUACCAUGAACAAUUCAUAUAGUUUCCGAACUUUGAUUUAAAACAUUCUCACUGUUUAGUGCUGAUUUUGAUUAAUAUUGAUUACCAAUAAUGCCCUAACAAAUGCAUGUAGCAAAUACCUUACUUUUAGAAGUCUUAUCUAUUUGUCUUAACAUUCAAUUUACAUCUGUUGUAUUGUAAACAAUACAAAAAAAAUUAUAAAGCAAAACAGAUUUUACAGACCUUUUGCUAAAAUUUUGAGCUAAAAGAAAAAAAGGAACUAAAAAAUUACACAGUGAAAUUUCAUUACUAGUCUUUCAUCAUGUAUUCAUACAUUCCAUUUUUCUCCUGUUGUUAAAUCAGUUAUAAUAAAGGAAUAUCAUACAUGUAUGUGAAGAGAGAUUUUUCUCCAUUACCGUAAUAUUAAAUCUAUUCAAAAUCAAAUGUGGCAAUGUUGCAAUAACAAGUUCAAUCCAAACCUCACUUAGGAUAAAAAAAGUGGCUUUAUAUUGGACAUUGAUUAACAGAAACAUUAAUUGAUUAAUACAGAGUAGAAAUUUAAAAAAAUUAUUGCUGAAUUUUGUUAAAUUCAUCAAUUUAGAAGAUAAAUAGGCUGUUUAGACUUUGAUUAACUUAGUUUUAUUUCGUGUACAAUAUGCACCAUUGACAAAUCAUUUAAUUGUAUUGACAAAGUCUGUUCUGGACAAUAAUUAAAUUUUGAUUUUUGUGUUAGAAUUGUAUAUUUUAUACCCUAUGCUCCAUUACAAAAAUACUGAUAUUAUUAUUAUGUUUUGUGAUCUGACUUUAGGUGAUUAGUAGAAAUGAAUAUACUAGUACUUACUUAGUACUAGUACUACUUUUUGAAAAUGUCACCAUGUGCUAUGUUUCUCAAAAUGUAUUGUGUUCACUGUUUCCUGUCUUUAGGUACUGCAUCUUCCAAUUUUAAGUCGAGUCUGAAAUUUGAACAUGUAUUUGUCCUGUUUUGUGAAAAAGGAAUUUUUUUUUUUAAAUUUAUAAAUCUUCAAAUUUACAAUGACGUAUGCUUAGUUAAAUAGAUAGUUAGAUAGAGAAAUAAGCUAUCAUAUUGCAAGUCUAGACAAGAGAAUUUCUAUCCAUCAUGAAAUGUUUCUCAUUAAUAGGUGAUGUGUUUUAAGGUUUCACUUUUGUGUUUUUACAACCAGAACACACUUAACCCCCCCCCCCCACUUCCAAUAAUCUUGAAAUAACUAAAUUUUAAAAUAAAAAUUGCAAAGCCUUUUGUUUUGUAAUUUUUGAGGGAUAUGAAGUAAAAUUCUCUCUAAUUUCCAACCUCUCCCCCCUUCCCCCAAUUUGCAUUUAAUAUUAGUUAUUCUGGAGGCUUUUUUUUUGUCUUUUAAUCCGAUUGAUCCAAUAUUGGUGAAUUCUUUACCAUAAAAGAAUAUGGGCAUUCAUUUGAUAUACAUAGUAUGUAUUUUUAUUAUUUUUUUUUUAUCUGUAUGCUCAAUUUUCAAAGAAGUGGAAUGCAUUGAACUAGUUAAAAGUUAAAAUGUUAUAUAUUCUGGUAUAGUUUUUAACAUAAGGCAUCUAGAUUUUUAUGAUCUGUCUAAAUGAAAGAUAAAAUUCUUAUCAAUAUUCCUGUAUACAUGUACGUGAAUUCCCCUAUGGUCACAAAUAUUGGCAUGUCAUAUUACCCUAUCUUCCAUGGCUACUUUAGCUUCCUAGUUAUUUUUUAAAUCGUCAUUAUAUAGAAUUCAUCCUUCACGGAACUGAAGGUUGUUUUCAAAAUGCCGAGAAAAACAAUUGAAAUUGGCUGCCCUUUAAAACUCAGUUAGAUUCGCAUACUUAUAUUAUUUUAAAUAUUACAAAAUUGUUCAUCAGAAUAUUAAAAAUUGCAUUCAUUUGGCUAGUGGCAUUAGGUAGAAGGGGUUCCCCCUUAGAUUAUGAAGUAGAAUAUAGUUUUUAUUACCAGUGUAUUACUAAUCCACAUAUGUCACUUUACUUUUCUGAGUGACUUAGAUGAGUGUCACAAGUAAACAAUCUGCUAUUUAUUUUAAUCAGCUCUUUUUGUUACCCAUGUUAUGUAUUGCAUGACAAUGGCAUGCAUCCUCAAUCCCUUUGAUACCUCUACGAUCUGAUCACCCCCCCCCCCUUGCAAUAUACUACUUACUGAUGUCUACAUAUAUCUGUGUAAUCAUGUGUUCAGUACACAAAGCCAAAUUGAUUGUUAAUUAUUUGUAAGAGACUUAAGAUAUAUCACUAAAUAAUUGUUGUUUUUAAUAAAGUUUAUGAAAGGUU